AUGACAAUACUUCUUGCAACAUUCACAUACGGAGGAGACGAAGAAAUAGCGAAAUACAACACUGUCGCGGUUGGAACACUAAGGGAAGCCUAUCCAGAACACAAGAUAGUACACUAUCUGAUUGACGAUGCAAACAACCCGUUCAAAGAACCAUUCAAGGACGAGGGAGACACCCAUUACAUACAGUCCAACUUCGACAGAAACGGAAAUCUCAACGGUGUAUCUUCACUUAUAGGCAUAACCCAAGAAUUAGACAAUCUUGCACAAACGACUGGCGCAGACUGGAUAAUCAAACUGGACUCGGAUUCCAUUGUCAUGAGCCUAGACUUUCUCAAUUCCGAAUACGAUUACAUUGGGUCGAACGAUUACAAUGAGCCAAAAUUCUACGCUCGUGGAUGGUGUGCAACGUAUAAACCACAAGUCAUCCACGAGAAGUCAAAGAAAACCAACUCCAUUCUCAAAACAACUAUACUUGUUGCGACAUUUACGCAAGGCGAAGAUGAGGAAACGGCAAAGUUUGGAGCAAAAGCCAUUCAAACACUAAGGGAAAUCUACCCAGAACACAAGAUAGUACACUAUCUGAUUGACGACGCAAACAACCCGUUCAAAAAGCCAUUCAAGGACGAGGGAGACACACACUAUAUUCAAACCAGCUUCCCAAGACACGGUAUGUAUUUCAACAAGGAAACGUUUGCUGGAAAAAUAGCAACGAUUAAAACACUUGCCGAUGAAACAAAGGCUGAUUGGAUUAUCAACGCAGAAGCCGAUGUUAUACUAAUGCGACUUGACUUCCUCAACCCGCGCUUCGACUAUAUCGGUUCAAAGGGUGAAGAAGAAAACGGCAUUGAAUAUGUAUGGGGAAAAUGUUGCGCCUUCAAACCGUGGAUUGUUCAUAAGAUAUGGGAAAAAAUCUCAGAAACGGAAAACUUCGAUAAACUUGACGAGGAAAUCGCACUACUCACUGCAAAAUCCGUGGACGAACUCAGAAAACUCUACCCUCACUACAAAAUCUUCCAUUACAUCAUCGUUGAUGAAAACCACCCGUUCAAGGAGAAAUACGAGGACACGGAGGAAACAUUCUUCUUUUCUUCCAACUUCAAGAGAAACGGAAACCUUUGCGGAAUAUCAGCUUUCGAGGGUGUUGUUCACCACAUGUACAGGGUGGAAAAAAUGUCAAAUGCCGACUGGGUUAUAAAGAUGGACUCCGAUACGGUCAUAUUGAGCCUUGACACAUUGAACAGCGGAUAUGAUUUCAUGGGAACAACCAUGUGCGAGGAGCAGAAAUGGUGUGGAGGUGCAUGUCUCAUCUUCACAGGAGACGCAAUCAAGGCAAUUGGCAAACUUGUCGAGAAUCGAGGUGUAAAGUAUGAACAGUUCCUAAACCUUGCCCGUGCCGAGGGUUAUCCUUCGUUGACGACUCGUUGA